UUAUACCUAUGAAAAGAAGAAGAUUUUAACGGUUAACCCUAUUUUUUUGCCCUGUUUACAUUUUUUCCUGCAAAAUGUUUUAUUUAUACUGUAAAUAAUAAUUUAACAACGUUAUGGAACAGUUUAAAGACUCCCAUUAUUUUCACAUUCCUUCCCAAGGUAACAUUUACACUCUCACAGAGAUCAAACUAGCUAAUGGCAAUACGAUAAUUUUGGUUGCGUCCCUGAAACGAGAAAUAUAUUAUUUUGAGUACUAUUUGGAAGCUUCGCAAGGAGGAAUAGUGCCCACGACGAAAGAAGUAUCGUUUACAUACAUUCCCAGUGGUGCCGAAAUUAUAUCGCUGGACGCUUUCAACAAGUCCUCUGUGAAUAAUGAACUGGUUAUAGGGAUAACCAUUAUAAAGAAUAGUAAUGAUUCGAACACGUUAGAGACUUUCCUGAAUAUUUAUUCACAAUUGGAGGACCAUGCCGAUUUCGAUAUAGAAAAUAUCGCACAGAACUGUCUUACAGUCGAACUCAGCUUUAUUCCUUACAAGUUGAUGCAUACUUACUUAAUUACAUGGAAGGAUAACAAAAUUUUGAGUAAAGAGAUAGUGUUUGUUUUGUCUGGCAGUGAUAAUUUAGUUCAUAUCUAUCAUGAAAAUACUGCAGAACAUGUAUACAAGGAGCUGGAUAGUAAAGAAAGGUUUCCAGAAUUUUCCAAAACACCUAGUCCAGUGGUUUGGAUCGAUAUUUGUCACAUAAACAAUUAUACAGAAAGGGUAACAGCAUUUGGAUGCGAAUGUGGUUAUGUGAAGCUUUUGAAGGUCAAUACAACAUCCGACAAGCUGGUAUAUAAUUUUUCAACAAGAUUCGGAAACUACAUAUCCAACGUUUACUUGUAUUUGGAACGGGACUCUAAAAAUAGUGAAGAACUUGCCAGAAUUAUCCCUAAAUCUAUUUUGUCUGAGAGGAAAGAGACAAGGCCUGUAUUAAAUUUAGUUGUUGUGAAUUCUAUACUACCUCCUAUUUUGUUCUGCGAUGUACUAAAAUAUGGUUUAAGUAAUUAUGUUACUUUGCCAAGACAUGACGACACUACCGUGUUUACGUGCUGUAUUGUAGCGGAUAUAGAUUUCGAUAGCUACAAAGAAAUAUUGGUUGGUACAAGUUCAGAGCAAAUAUUGCUGUACAAAUAUGACAAAAAAGAAACUCAGUGGUUUCUAGAAGAAUUAAAAUUUAUCUCUGGUCCAAUUCUAUCCAUGAAAUACAUUGAUAUUAGUGGAGAUGGUGUCAAAGAGUUAGUUAUAUUCUCAAUGAAGGGUUUGCAUAUAUUACAGCAUGACACAAAUAAUAUUCAAAGAAAGUUAUGCGAGAAAAUCGAGAAACUUACUAUACCAAAAAUUACACAUUUAUAAAAAAAUAUAUCUGUAUUAAAGUUU